CCUCUCUGUAAAAACUUCUUGAUUCGCAAAAAUGGUCGGCACCAAGGGUUACCGCUCCGGCACUCGUCACCUCUUCGCCAAGAAGUUCCGCAAGCAUGGCGUUCCUUCUCUCUCCACCCACCUGAAGGUCUACAAGGUCGGUGAUAUCGUCGAUGUCGCUGCCGAUGCCUCCAUCCACCGCGGUAUGCCCCACAAGUUCUACCACGGCAAGACUGGUGUCGUCUUCAACGUCACCAAGCGCGCUCUGGGCCUCAUCGUCAACAAGCGCCACGGCAACCGCAUCAUGCCCAAGCGCAUCAACGUCCGUGUUGAGCACGUCAAGCACUCCAAGUGCCGCGACGACUUCCUCAACCGCGUCAAGGCCAACGAGGCCGCCAAGGCUGAGGCCCGCGCCAAGGGCGAGAUCAUCCAGCUCAAGCGCCUGCCCGCUGGUCCCACCCCCGCCCACACCGUCGAGGUCAGCGAGGACAACCUCGUCACCUUCGGUGCCGUCCCCUACGAGCUCCUCAUCUAAGUGGCCAUCAUCAGCCGCUUCUGACGAGGAGGGGUGCAUGCCUGCCGCGGGGGUGUGCCCGUGUGCUGGCGCGCUGGGCCUUGCUGGGCCCCCCCCUGUGCGCCACGUCUCGCGCCACCCCCCGGGCUGCUGCGUUCUCCCCGAUGCCCGUCCUUGUUGGUGUGUCCGGGCUCCUCAACUGGGUCCUGCGAUGCAGCCACACCUCUGCGCAUCCCCUCGCGGUCGAUGCUCCUGGUGGUGGCCCUCUGCGCCGCCGUCCACGUGCUCCUCGGUUUCCAAUACAUCCACAAGCCUAGA